AUGGCUCAGGGGCUCAGGGGACCCGCAGGGGUGUUCCCUCACCAGGCACGCUCCUACUUGGACCCCAACUAUGAGCAUAGCAAGUGGAGACAUCCACAGCCACAUGGGCCUGAGUCUUACCCCGGGAGUUUCCAGCUCCAGCAGAUAGACUUUCUCAAAGGGCGGCUCCCAGAAGCACCCCUGAUUGGACAGCAGUCCCAGUCACUGCCGCCAUCCCUCCCAGGACACUGGCCCAGGUUCCCAGGGCAACCUGCCCAAGGCAAGCAACUGGAAAUCUGGGGUUUCCCCAGAAGUGUGGCUCUCAGAACUCAGGGGUUCCACACAGGACUCCCACUUCCUCUCCCACCCAGCAGUAGGAGUCUGCCAUGGAGAGGUGCUGACAGGCUUUGUUCACACUUCCGGGAGCUGAGCAUCAGUCAGAAUCCGCAGCAAAAGAUCCUAGGCCGCCUGGAGGAGCUUGGUGAGGGGAAAGCCACCAGCGCCCAGGUACUAGCCAGAGAGCUCAGGGUUCCAAAGAAGGAGAUCAAUCGUAUAUUGUACUCCCUGGAAAGGAAGGGGAAGCUGCAUAGAAGAGGGGGAUCUCCUCCUCUGUGGAGCCUUGCACCCCCACAUCAGGCUUGGACUCAGCCCUCUAGAGCUGUGAAUCCAGAUACUUGUGGCCAGACAGUCCCUCAGGAAGAGCCUGGUUUGGACAGUGAAGACAGAGACCCCGCCUCUGACUUAGAAGGACUUCCUGAGCCUCUUGACAUGGCGGAGAUCAAGGAGAAAAUCUGUGACUACCUGUUCAAUGUGUCAAACUCCUCUGCCCUGAACCUGGCUAAGAACGUUGGCCUCACCAAGGCCCGAGAUGUGAACGCAGUGCUGAUCGACUUGGAAAGGCAAGGCGAUGUCUACCGGCAAGGGGCCACGCCUCCCAUCUGGUGCUUGACGGAUAAGAAGCGGGAGAGGCUGCAGAUAAAGAGAAGUACACACGGUGUUCCUGCAGCUGUCCCAGAGGCUACCAGAAGCACCUCAUUCCCCAUCUGCCACUCACCCCCAUCAGGUGCCUCAAGCAGCCUGGCAACCCCCAAAAAAGUAGAGAAUGGGCAGGAGCCUGUGAUAAAGUAUGAAAGUAGGUAUGAGGCCAGACCAGGGCCAGUGAGACUGCGAGCACACGCUUAUCACAAUGGCCCCUCUAGAGCAGGGUAUGCUGACUCUGAAAAUGGCCAGUGGGCCACAGAUGACAUCCCAGAUAACUUGAAUAGUAUCCACACAGCACCAGGUGAGUUUCGAGCCAUCAUGGAGAUGCCCUCCUUCUACAGCCCUACCUUGCCACGGUGUUCACCAUACAAGAAGCUGACCGAGUGCCAGCUGAAGAACCCUGUCAGCGGGCUGUUAGAGUAUGCUCAGUUCACUAGUCAGACCUGUGAUUUCAACCUGAUAGAGCAGAGUGGACCGUCCCAUGAACCUCGAUUUAAAUUCCAGGUUGUCAUCAAUGGUCGAGAGUUUCCACCAGCUGAAGCCGGCAGCAAGAAAGUGGCCAAGCAGGAUGCAGCAAUGAAAGCCAUGGCCAUUCUGCUUCGGGAAGCCAAAGCUAAAGACAGUGGAAACCCAGAAGAAUUAUCGAACUGUCCCAUGGACGAAGACUCAGAGAAGCCAGCAGAGUCUCAGACCUCCAGCUCCUCAGCAACAUUAUUCUCUGGGAAGAGCCCAGUUACCACACUGCUCGAGUGUAUGCACAAACUAGGGAACUCCUGUGAAUUUCGCCUCCUGUCUAAAGAAGGCCCUGCCCAUGACCCCAAAUUCCAAUACUGUGUAGCAGUAGGAGCCCAGACUUUCCCCACUGUGAGUGCCCCCAGCAAGAAAGUAGCAAAGCAGAUGGCGGCAGAGGAAGCCAUGAAGGCUCUGCAGGAGGAGGCAGCCAAUUCAGCUGAUGACCAGUCUGGAGGUGUGAACACGGAAUCACUUGAUGAGUCUGUGGCACCCAACAAGAUCAGGAGGAUUGGUGAGCUCGUCAGGUACCUGAACACCAACCCCGUGGGCGGCCUGUUAGAGUAUGCUCGCUCCCAUGGCUUUGCUGCUGAGUUCAAGCUGAUUGACCAGUCCGGACCUCCUCAUGAACCCAAGUUUGUUUACCAAGCAAAAGUUGGGGGCCGCUGGUUUCCAGCCGUCUGUGCACACAGCAAGAAACAAGGCAAGCAAGAUGCAGCCGAUGCAGCCCUCCGUGUCUUGAUCGGGGAGAGCGAGAAGGCAGAGCAGUUGGGUUUCGCAGAGGUAACCCCAGUGACAGGGGCCAGUCUCAGAAGAACUAUGCUCCUCCUUUCCAGGUCCCCAGAUGCACAUCCAAAGACACUUCCUCUCAGUGGCAGCACCUUCCAUGACCAGAUAGCUAUGCUGAGCCACCGGUGCUUCAAUGCUCUCACCAACAGUUUCCAGCCCUCCCUGCUCGGCCGCAAGAUCCUGGCUGCCAUUAUUAUGAAGAGAGACCCUGAGGACAUGGGUGUUGUUGUCAGUUUGGGGACAGGGAAUCGCUGUGUGAAAGGCGACUCUCUCAGCCUGAAGGGAGAAACAGUCAAUGACUGCCAUGCAGAAAUCAUCUCCCGCAGGGGCUUUAUCAGGUUUCUCUACAGUGAACUAAUGAAGUAUAACCAACACACUGCCAAGAACAGCAUAUUUGAGCUUGCCAGGGGAGGAGAGAAGCUCCAGAUAAAAAAGACGGUUUCUUUUCACCUCUACAUCAGCACGGCACCGUGUGGAGAUGGAGCCCUUUUUGACAAAUCCUGCAGUGACCGUGCUGUGGAAAGCACAGAGUCCCGCCAUUACCCUGUCUUUGAAAAUCCCAAGCAAGGCAAGCUUCGCACCAAGGUGGAAAAUGGGGAAGGCACAAUUCCUGUGGAGUCCAGUGACAUUGUACCCACGUGGGAUGGUAUCCGCCUUGGGGAAAGACUCCGUACCAUGUCCUGUAGUGACAAAAUCCUACGCUGGAAUGUGCUGGGCCUGCAAGGGGCACUGCUGACUCACUUCCUACAGCCUGUGUACCUGAAAUCUGUAACACUAGGUUACCUUUUCAGCCAAGGGCAUCUGACUCGUGCUAUUUGCUGCCGCGUGACCAGAGAUGGGAAUGCAUUUGAGGACGGACUACGCUAUCCCUUUAUCGUCAACCACCCCAAGGUCGGCCGAGUUAGUGUGUAUGAUUCCAAAAGGCAAUCCGGAAAGACCAAGGAAACAAGCGUCAACUGGUGUUUGGCCGAUGGCUACGACCUAGAGAUCCUGGAUGGCACCAGAGGCACCGUGGAUGGACCAGGGAAGGAGUUGUCUCGGGUAUCCAAGAAGAAUAUUUUCCUUCAGUUUAAGAAGCUCUGCUCCUUCCGUGCCCGCAGAGAUUUACUGCAGCUCUCCUACGGUGAGGCCAAGAAAGCUGCCCGUGACUACGAGUUAGCCAAGAACUACUUCAAGAAAAGCCUGCGGGACAUGGGCUAUGGGAAUUGGAUCAGCAAACCCCAGGAGGAAAAGAACUUUUAUCUCUGUCCAGUACCCAAUGACUGACAGUGGGGCGUGUUUCCCAUGGGGUCAGAGGGAGUUCAUGGCAUUCCUCAUCACAUUGGGCCAGAGUUCAGGGGCUUUUUUUAGACCCCUCCCCCCCUUUUUUAAUGGAGGAACCAUAGUAGACGGUACCAGGACCUUGGGUUCCUAUUUAUCCUGCUUGCUUUGGGAUUAUGAGGUGGGGGUUUGGCCAAGCCCCCGCCCCCUUUCCCAAAUGAAGAGGCAGAGAUUAAAGAAGAGGGGGCACUGUCAUUCCACAUGUAGCAUAGCCAGUCCCCGAGCCCCUGCAGCCUGGUCCCUUCCAGUUUAGUUUCGUGGAGUUUUUCCAUCUCCUUUCCUUUGCUACACUGACCUCUUGUGGAUUUGAUUGCAUUCCCAUCAGUUCUCUGUAAAUCAUGUCAGGGACUAUGAUUUCACCUCUGUAGAUCUGCGGGUCCCUAAUCUCCCCUCCUAGGAUUCCUUCUGUGGUGAUGUUUCUCCUUCCCCACUCCAGAGGACGAAGAGGUGAACAUAAAGGAUUGGUGAAAUGUUUACAAGGGCAGGAGUUGAAAACUGUGGUCAGGGGUUGUAGGGCAGUGGGAAUGUGGUAGAAUGUGGUUGGGACAGGCAAGCCCUGCCCAGUAACAAACAGGCCGUGCUGGCCCGCCAGGGAACUUCCCUUCCUGGGCAGCAGAGAAGGUGAGAACCAGAUGUGGAACUGGGGAAGUGCUCAAGCCGAGCAAGGUCCCCAGUGGGGACCCACAGAGCACUAACUGGGUGCAGCAACAUCCCCUGGGAUGUAGCCACAUUCCUGUCUGCCCUUCUGUAAAGCACUCCUGGAAUCUGGCUCUAUCCACGUGUAGCAUGGGGCACAGACCAGCUGUUUGUGAAAAGCUGAGGACAAGUCAUGGAGGGUAGAUCAUCUUUGUCCAGACUGAACAAAGGGAAAUGCAAACCAUCAUGUUGGUGAGGUACUGGUCCACGUGGGAUUCUUCUCAUGGCGCUGUUACCAGCAGAAGUUGACAAAGCCUUGUGUAAAAUUAAUGUUUCUAAAAGGCCAGAGGUAUUGAUUCUGGACUGCAUUACAGACUUGAGAUACAAAUAUAUUUUUGCAUUAGUGAAUGUACUUUCAUUUUAACAGAUGGCUUCAGAAGCUGGUUCAUGGGCGAGGCACAAAGGGACUUUGAGCUCCUGACCUGCCCCGCCUCUUCAGGAAUCUAUAUAUAUAUAUAUAUAUAUAUAAUGUACAGCAGUGUUAUAGGAGACAGAACAGGCUAGCCUCCCACUCUGGGGUGGGCUCCAUUGACUCCUCCUCCCCCUAACACUGAAUUAUGGGUAUGUAGGAGCCUUAGCCUCUGUAUAGAGUCUGGCUCUAGCAUCAGGUCAAUCAGACAGCUAGACCCUGCUCCAUUCUGCACCAUAGGACCAAGCCCAUGCCUUUCCUCUGAAUGGUGUGGCUCCAUCUGGGAACAGCCAAGUCAGUGGUUUCCUGCACUCCCUUGCUCACCCACCCCUCAGUGCUGCCUGACUCUCCCACCCUCUCUGGCCCUCUGCCAACAGCAACUAUAUCAUUUGCACUUUGAUUCUAAUGGCUACUGUCUCCUCAACCUAUGAUCAAACCUGACCAACACGAGAACCUAUGUCUUAAUACACUGGGGAUGUCUUUGCACAACACCAAAUUAUCGUAUGGGAACUGCUCGUGUCUGCUGUAGCACCAUGUUUGUGGUGUCAGCUGGAGGCAUGUUACGUUCUGGCACCUGCUUCUGAGGCAGAGCCAUGCAGGUCAGGGACUCUUCUCCAUUGAUUCCUUUGGCCCCUCUGGUCCUUCCUGGGUAUUCAUUUGGCAGAGCUGAUUCAGUAGCCUCUUCCUCAACCAGGCACACCGGGCUCUCCAGCCAGAACCCCAUCUUUACCCUCGAGAUCCUGCCUAACAAACUUGUGGUUCUGGGUGUCUGCAGAUGGAGGAGAGCAAGGUAGCCCUCUGUUCUCUGGGCCCGCUGAAGUGAGCCACUAAGCAGAGAGGCAGAGCUUCCACCGUGUUUUCUUCACUUGUUUGUGGGAUCUUUUGAGAAGCAAGGCCUUCCCUCCACACCGUUUAAUAAUUUCUGUGGUUGAUUUGUCUGAACUGUGGCUGUCUUGCAUUCUUUGACUAAUCACGUGUAAGAAUUGUCAAUGCUUGAAACUAUUUCCUGUACUCAAGUUGAAGGGGUCUUUGUUGGCCUUGGGGUUCUGACCAUGACUCCAAGAGAAGAGUAGGGAAGAGCCCAGGCAUAGCCUUGGUGCUGUGAUGGAUGCAGUCCCUUCUUGUGUCCCUUAAAUGACAGUAUACCUUUCUCAGAAAUAAAAACACUGAAGCAACAGGA